AUGCUGAGACCAAGCCCAGGAUUCGAGGAGAGUCCAGUCCACGGGUGCACCGUUCCAAUAAGCCGAAAGAAAAGGAAAAAGCUAGUGUUUACAUCCCCUCGCUUCUCGAACAGAGAUGAAGAUAUCUUUUUAAGGCACGAACAUUUAUUCGAUUCUGCUAAACGCUGGGAAUCCAUAUCGGAACAAGCCGGAGAUCAUCAGCAGACUGGAAGAGUUCUGGUAUUGCACCGGACAAUAAGCCCAAUGGCUCUACGGUAUGGAAUAACACAGCAGGCAUCCCUUCGGGUUCGUUCUUUAAGUUUACCCUUGGACAAGAGGGAAUUUGAUCUUGCAGAAUGGAUUGAUAUCAUUGCAGAAACUCUGAUCAAUCUAGAAAAUCUGUCUAUAGUCGACAGCCAGUUUCAAGAUUUGUCGGCAACCAGGCUAAUGCAACGUUCGUAUAUACUGCAGAAGAUGCCCAACCUAACGUCAAUCGACGAGAUUAGAAUCACAGAGGGGGAGAGAAGUAUGGCACACAGCAAUGUCAGUACAGGAAGUCAAGUCGUAGACUGUGACAUUCAUGAUAAGUUUGCAUCAGUUGAUUCUUCAUGUCGGCCUUCCUUGGACGCCAACGCUUUCAGUGAUCGGUCAAUAGACCAUGAAAAUGUGAACAGGCAAAAUCAUGAACGGAACAAGGCCUCGUCGUCCGAUCUUGCACCUUGUCUCACGAGACUAAACUCAGAAUGCAGCAGAAGCGAAGCUAAGUCACAUUCUUGCAUUCCUUGUAUCCCUGGACCAGAGAAUACAGAUCAACAAAAUGAUUAUUUGGAAUGUCACAUAGAUGCUUCAUCUGCGCUCGAGUCUAGUACAUGCAAAAGCGAUGGGAAGUAUAGCAUGGGCAAAGCAUCGGUCGAGAGCAACAGAGACAACUUUGAUAAUGACUCUGUGACAAGUUCUCAUAUUGAAUGGACGGCUGCCUGUGGCGUACUGACAUUCAGGAGUGACAAUGUGUGUGUACCAGAUAUUCGCUUGCCGUUUUGCGGAACUGGAACAAAAGCAAUAUGUGACGAAGAAAAUCAUAGACUUCGCGCUCAGGCAAAGAAAGGAAUGCAAAGGAAAAUGAAGUCUUUGCCUUCGAUUUGCACCCCUGUUCGUGGCUCAAAUUGUGGUUCGCAGUUUUUCCCUUCUGAGGCGAAACUCGAGACUAUGCAAACGUUAGCAGCGUGCUCCGAACAAAAUGAAAACGUACCGCUGGGGAAAUAUCAAAUGGACGGAACAAAAGUUGUUCAUCGAGGAGGACCAGGUGAAACGAUCUCUCGGCCGCUUCCUCUCGUGAGGAUGCAUGGCUACAACGAUAUACAGCACACUGGCACUCAGCAUGUAGUCAUCUUGCCUGGUCGUAAUCCCAUACACAACGAGGAGUGUGUGAACGAGAAAGAACCAGCGCUACAAAGAAAGCAGGUUUUGAGCUAUUCAAAAGAAAAUUGGACAAAUUCCAUGUUCGAUACUAUAUAUGAUGAGGAUGAUGAUGACGACGACGAAAUUAUCGUGGAGGCUAACAGCUGUGAGAUUGGUUGGGAAUCAAAGACUAGCGUUGUAGAAUGA